CUUGCUACAGACUCCGGGUUCAGCGACGUUUGGACGGCCGAGAGAAUCCUCGCAAUCACAUACGGCAAAUAUAGUGGGCGGCUGUACGAACCAUACAAGGCUUCGAUUCUUAGCAGCUUUGUAAUCUGAGAAAAUGACAUCGAGUGUCAGCCAGGGCGAGGCGACUCCAGAGUCCUCGAUUGCUGGCUUCACAACAGCAACCACAGAAUCUUCAGUUUCAGCAAUGACGCCGCCAACAACCGUUAGCGGCCAGACCGUUGUCGAAAAUCUCUUCGAUGGGCAGUACUCCGCAGUUCCAUGGCCUGGCAGCAAAUACGUGAUCAUUGAAAAAGGCUCCGAUCGGGCAAUCACCCUCACAAGUGGCAGGCUUCGUCUUCAAGACGUCAAUGAGGGUCGAAGCUUGAACAAUCAGUGGCUCUGCGUUGAGCGCAACAAUUAUUUUGGGUUUUAUAACGAACGUGCAAGGGUAUACCUCGGUCACGACGGUAAAAAAGGAAUGCGUGCCUCGGCUCCGUCGCUGGAAGAGUGGGAGUUUAUGAUUCCCAGGCUGCACCCUGAAGGCGGUUAUCAGCUGCUGCUACCGUUCUGGUCGCAUACCAUGAUGAUCUGACGCCUUCAGAGAACAAGGAUCAGCUAGUAAGAUCGAUGCAUGGAACACUUUGUGGGUCUUCUCAAAGGUCUAACAAGUACUCGUCCACGGAAUAUAGUGCAUCAGGGUAGUUCCAGUAUUGACGGUUGUUG